GAGACCAGACCUAAAAGAGUCAGUCACCGUCGUCAAUUCCACGCGAAUACGCCGCCGCCGCAGCACUUCCACCGUCGCCGGUAAUCUGCAUCUUCUUGGCGGAAAUGGAGGAAGAAAUGGCGAAUCGUCGAGUGUCGAGUCGGACUCGCAAGGUUGCUUCGAAGAUGGCGGCGGCUCUUACAAGCACCGACAAUCGAACGCAGGCUGCGAUUGCACGGCUGGAAGCUUUGGAGAACGAUAAUGGAGCUGUGGAGGUGGUUGAUUUGAACGAUGAUGGAGAAGCCUCUCUUGACGAAGACGAUGAUCUCGGUUACGUGCAGAAGAAGCAACACAAGGGAUCAAAGCGUAAAACUCGACAAGCAAAAGCUUUGGAGGCUCGUAAAGCUCAUCAUAAGUCCUUCACUGAGCUCUUGCAGGAGGCGAAUUUGGAAUCUUUACCGUCGCAUGUGCCCACUUACUUGAAAGCAGCCGUGGGACCUCCGAGUUCGUCUUCUCGUCGCCAUUUCUGUACAGUCUGUGGGUACAUUGCGGGAUAUAGUUGCUGCUUAUGUGGGAUGCGGUUUUGUUCUAUUCGUUGUCAAAACAUUCACAAGGAUACUCGUUGUCAGAAGUUUGUUGCAUAGGAAUCGAGUAGCAUUGUACUGAAACAUCAUCAGUCUCAUUGUUUGUGUAAUGAAUGUGUUGUCAGAUGAAAUAUCACGUUUCUCUC